CACUCUCUUUGCUCAUUCGUCCUUUCAGUCUUUCUUUAACUUGUUCAUUCUUUUAUUCAUUCUUCAAUUCCCUCUUUAUUUUGUUCUUUGCCUCUUUAGCUCCUUCAUAUUUUCUUAUUUCCCCUCCUGGCUCUCUCGCUCUCUCUCACACACACAUGCAGAGUUGAUGCCCUUAUAAAGCAGACCACACAUGCUCUUUUCACUUCCUGCACUGCACACACAAGGCUCUUCAACUCCCGCUCAGCCGUUUCUAACUUCAGCAGCUGGCAAACAGCAGGCAAAAAAACACACCGCUUAGCCAGUGGCUUGAGGCAGACAGAGAGUUCGCUUGACCCCUCCCUGCUCUGGGAUCACCGACCCAUUUCGCCCGGAGGAGAGUCACAGAUCCCAAGGCCAGACCAGCCCACUGCGACCAGCUCUUCUGACCUCCUGCUGCCCUGACUGAGUUUGUGUUUGAACGAGAGAGACCAGCCUGUGGAGCAGGGAUGGCAUUGACGCUGCAGCAGGCGUACCGGCGGCGCUGGUGGAUGGCGUGCACUGCCGUCCUGGAGAACCUCUUCUUCUCUGCCGUGCUGCUGGGCUGGGGCUCCCUGCUCAUCAUGCUCAAGCACGAGGGCUUCUACUCCAACAUGUGCACAGGUGAAAACGGGACCAACGGCUCGGCUCCGGAGCAUCCCCUCCACCACUGGCCUAGCUGCGUGGAGCAGGAGGAGAUGCUGAACCUGGGCUUCACCAUCGGGUCCUUCCUGCUGAGCGCCGCCACCCUACCCCUGGGGGUGCUCAUGGACCGUCUGGGGCCCCGGCCCCUUCGCCUCCUUGGCAGUUUCAGCUUUGCUGUCUCCUGCGCUCUGAUGGCCCUGGCUGCCUACGACCCCCCAGUUCUCUCCCCACUGAUUUUCCUCGGCCUGUCCCUGAAUGGCUUCGGGGGGAUAUGCCUGACAUUCACCUCGCUGACGCUGCCCAACAUGUUUGGGAACCUGCGCUCCACCUUCAUGGCGCUGAUGAUUGGCUCCUACGCCUCCUCGGCCGUCACCUUCCCCGCAGUCAAGCUGAUCUAUGAUGCCGGCGUCUCCUUCAUCACCAUAAUGCUGACCUGGUCGGGCCUGGCCUGCCUCAUCUUCCUCAAUUGCCUGGUCAACUGGCCCAAGGAGUCCUUUCCGGCGCCAGAGGAGGCUAACUACACGAAGAAGAUCAAGCUGAGUGAGCUGGCUCUGGAUCACAGGGUGACGGGCGAUCGGUUCUACACCCAUGUCACCGCCGUCGGGCAGCGCCUGAGCCAGAAGGGGCCAUGCCCGCAGGAGGGCAAGGAGCUCUGCACAUCCACGCAGGACCUGUGCCAUGGGGCCACGAUCCCUGCCGAGUACUCAAUCCCCUUCCGCCGCAGCGUCUGCUCCCCCAUCUUCCUGUGGAGCCUGAUCACCAUGGGCAUGACCCAGCUGCGCAUCAUCUUCUACAUGGCAGCAAUGAACAAGAUGCUGGAGUUCCAGGUGACGGGCGGCAGCCAAGACGUGCCAGAGGAGCUGAUGGAGCAGGCUGAGGACACAGUUGAGUUCUACGCCUCCAUCUUCGGGGUCAUGCAGCUGCUCUGCCUCAUAACCUGCCCCUUCAUUGGCUACGUGAUGGACUGGCGCAUGAAGGACUGUGUGGAUGGGCCGCUGGGCACGGGCGCCACCGCGGCAGCUGGGACCGGGGCUGAGAAGUCAUCUGCUAGGCCCCGCUACCGCAAGAUCCAGAAGCUCACCAAUGCCAUCCGGGCCUUCACCUUCACCAACCUUCUGCUGGUGGUCUUCGGGGUCUCCUGCCUCAUCGAUAACCUACCUCUGCAGUUUUUGACCUUUGUCCUUCACACCAUGGUGCGAGGCUUUUUCCACUCCGCCUGUGGGAGUCUCUACGCUGCUGUGUACCCAUCCAGUCACUUUGGCACUCUAACUGGCCUGCAGUCGCUGAUCAGCGCCGUCUUUGCUCUGCUGCAGCAGCCGCUCUUCAUGGUCGUGGUGGGGCCCCUGGCCGGCGACCCCUUCUUGGUCAAUUUUGGCCUCCUGAUCUUCUCUCUCCUGGGCUUCCUGCUGCCCUUCUACCUCUGCUACUUCCGGCGCACCCUGCUCCGGGACCAGCUGAUGCUGGGACAGAUCCCGGACCUGGCCGAGGGCGCCCAAGUCAAACUCCAGGAUGGCGUGGCCCUCAAUGGCAUGCUGAGUGCUGACGACACUGCGGCAUAGGAGGGGCUGGAGAACGGGUUGAGGGGGGGGAGAGCGUGGGUGACUUAGAACAAAAUGCCAGAUCCGCUCAUCAGCCGAUUGCCGAACAGAUGGGAUGAGACACUAAGAGCAGGAAAAAGAAACACUUGUAGGUUUCAAUACGCGGGAGCCAUGGAAAUAGCCAAGCUGCGUCGAAUUUCUAAUAGUUUUUUUUAUAUAUAUAUAUCAAGAGAGAGAUCUAUAUAUUUUUGCAGGGAACUUUAUAAAGCUCUGUGACUGUAAAUAACUAACCAAAGAUCGGGGUGCGCUCCUAAGCCCCAAAUCAGGACGUGCCCUUACCAUAAAGAUGUGGCCCUUGGAAAGAGGUGCUGGAUCAGGGCAUUCAGGAUAAUAAUUUCUAGCACUUACCUAGCCUCAGUCAAACUGUGGUGGGUGAGUAUCAGAAUCCCGCCCCCCCAUGUUAUAGAUGGGGAAACUGCCCAGCUGCUGAGUCCUGGGUUUGAAUCGUAACUUCCCACUCCCUGCCCUGCCUGACUGAGCCUUUGCCUAUCAGCUAACAUGGAGGGGUCAAAGUUUCCUCAUGCUGCUAGGACGUCCCUCGUUGGCCCACGCUGGGUUGUCGAUAAAGGUUCCUUUAAAACAAAUGAAAGAAAGUAUUUCUCCACACAGUCAGCUCGGUGGAACUGUUUGCCAGAGGAUGUUGUGAAGGCCGAGACUUAACAGGGUUCA